AUUGUUUGGAUACCAGUUCAGUAUAUCUCUUAGUCUGUGAUAGUACGUUACACGUCUAUAUCUGAUAUAUUUGAUUAAUAACUACACGAUUAACAAGUAACAACUAACGAAUACUGGCUACUGGUGUCUGUCAGCGUAGUUAUAGUGCAUUAACAUUAUACUCGCUUUUGUAUAUUCUAUUACCAGCGGCUAAACUGUUUUUUUAUUUUAAUAACUGCAGUUCCAACCCAUAGUGUAAUAUCUCCACGUUCCAACCGGAGUAAAUAAUCGUGAAGUAACUGUGUGUGACGUGUUCAGUGUUAUAUACGUCUUUUGUGUUUGAGUGUACGUAUAUAAAUUUAUUAUUUCGAUAUUUCUUAGUCAGAGCAGUCGUCCGUUAAUCGUUUCACUAAAUUGUCGUUCAUCAUGUCAACACAGCAAAAUAUAUUAUUUUAUUCAAGAAUAUAUGAGAAGGUGGAUAAACAAGAUUUGAGGUUUGUAGCUAUAUCAGAAGAAUUUAGUAAGACAUUACCCAAGGACCGUACGAUGACUGAAGCUGAGUGGCGAAAUCUUGGUUUUGAACUGCCAAGUGGCUGGACACAUUGUGGAAAAAUACGGCCAGAUCAACCUGCAAAUAUGGUGAUAUUUGGAAAAAAUAAAGAAACAAAUAAUUCAUAAAAUUGAUAAAAAAAAAUGAUCAUUUCUUAUUAAACUGUUUUAGAUUUUUAUUUAAAACAAUAACAAUUAAUGUAUUUAUUUUCUAUUUUAUAUAAACAGUAAAACGCAUUACUUUUUUUUUUCUGGCUGAAUUUACAUAUAAAAUAUUUAAUAUCAUGUUUAAACUUUUUUGAUUUUCAUGUUAAUUUUAAAUACAAAUUUAUAGCUAAUAAAAUAUUACUUUUGAUAUUAUGCAAU